AACAAGAAACCAAAUAAAAAACCAAUGAGAAAAUAUCAAGGGCACUGAGUGAGAACAGAAAAAUGCAGUCAGCUUCUUUUAAGGAGGCUUCACAAGUAUGCCUUCCUGCCUGCUGUCCUUCACCUUUCCUCACCCAGCUUCAGCAUCAGCAGCCCCAGAGCAAGGCAUCCAAACCCAGAAGCACUUCUGCAGCAUGCCGCCAUGACUUUGCAGAAAAAACAGCUUCCUCAAUUUUCCCAAAUACCCAGUUUACCAACCCUGAGUCUCUCCCUUCUUUGGAAGACUCGCUCACUGAAUUCACCAAAGCUUAUCCACGGUACUCGGAGACCCAUCAAGUUGACCAAAUACGAACCCAGGAUUACUAUCAUCUCACAUUCUCCAACCAUACCUGCCUUGAUUAUCUUGGCAUCGGCCUUUUCUCCUAUUCCCAAUUACAUGAGUCAUCAAAAAAUCUAAUCGCCUCUUCUUCCCAUUCUCUGCCACCAUCAUCACCCCCUCAAAAUUUGGAUAUUCCCUUCUUUGGCUUGUCCUACAAGACAGGGAAUCUGAAGAUGCAGCUACUUCAUGGCGGUGAAGGGUCAGGACUGGAAUCUGCAAUGAAGAAGAGGAUUAUGAGUUUUCUCAAUAUUUCAGAGAACGAGUAUUGCAUGGUUUUCACUGCAAACAAGACAUCGGCAUUCAAACUUCUUGCAGAAUCUUACCCCUUCCAGUCUAAUCGUAGGCUUCUCACAGUUUACGACUAUGAGAGUGAGUCAGUUGACUCCAUGAUCAAUUGCUCUGCAAAGAAAGGAGCCAAAAUCAAGUCGGCAGAGUUCUCAUGGCCAAGAUUGCGGAUUCAGUCAGCAAAUCUGAGAAAGAUGGUUGUGGGCAGUAGAAAAAAGAAUAAGAGAGGACUUUUUGUCUUUCCACUUCAUUCAAGGAUGACUGGAGCUAGAUAUCCUUUUCUAUGGCUGAACAUUGCACAGGAGAAUGGGUGGCAUGUCUUGGUUGACGCUUGUGCCUUGGGACCGAAGGACAUGGACAGCUUUGGCCUCUCACUCCUUCGUCCAGACUUCCUUGUUUGCUCCUUCUACAAGGUUUUUGGGGAAAACCCAUCAGGAUUUGGCUGCCUGUUUGUGAAGAAAUCUACUGCCCAGCUGCUGGAAACUUCCACUAGUUCGGGAAUGGUAAGCCUUAUCCCAACAGAAAGGCUGUUUCGCUCAGUGGAUGAAUCCUCUGGAACUGAUAAUGAAGUUGAGAUGAAAUCCAAAUCUAAGUCAAAAGAAGAUGAAUUAGCUUCACCAAGCAUCAUAUCGGACCAUUUAUCAGUCCCUGCACAGUCUGGGAGACUGGAAAGAGGGCAAACCUAUGAGAUUCAACAUGAAGAGAUUACAGCAAAGUUGAAAGAGUUGGAAACCGCUGAAACUUUGGGGUCAGAGAAAGCAAUUGAUAAUAUCCAACAGGGGAAUCUUAAACUCAAAGAAAUUGAGACCCUGGAGAUGGAAUGCAGAGGUUUGGAUCAAGUUGAUUCACUGGGACUGACACUGAUUAGUAACAGAGCAAGGUGCCUGAUAAAUUGGCUCGUCAAUGCUCUGAUGAAGCUCAAACAUCCUAACACGGAGGGGAUUCCUUUGGUUAGAAUAUACGGCCCAAAGAUAAAAUUUGAUCGGGGGCCUGCACUUGCAUUCAACGUAUAUGAUUGGAAGGGAGAUAAGGUUGAACCUGUUCUUGUACAGAAGCUUGCUGAUCGGAGCAACAUUUCUCUUAGCUAUGGAUUUUUACACCAUAUCUGGUUUGCCGACAAGUACCAAGAAGAGAAGAACAAAGUUAUUGAGAGAAAAAGUAAUGAGGCGAAUGGUACUGCAGGAAACAAGGGGAAAGACAGAAGUGGUGAAGGAAUACAUGUAGUUACAGCUGCAUUGGGGUUCCUUGCUAACUUUCAAGAUAUUUACAGGCUUUGGGCAUUCAUUGCUCAGUUUCUUGAUGCAGAUUUUGUGGAGAAGGAGAGAUGGAGAUAUACAGCCCUUAAUCAGAAAACUUUUGAAGUCUAAGAAAGAAAACUUGGUGAUACGUUCUUUAGGAUCAUGUUCUCAAAAAUUGAGGCCAAUGCUGUCAACUCAAAACCAAAGCAAGUUUACUGAAUUGCAAAACAUACUUUGCCAGAUGGACAAAGAGGUAUUCCCAAUUCUUCUUUCAGAUGAUAUGCCAUGAGUCAUAGUUAGCUGAUCCUCUUACAUGUAUCUAGCACUUGGUUUUCUCGAUUUUAUCCAUGUUUGAACCUUGAAUAUUUCCACAGCAGAAAACUUACACUGAAUAUAACACUGUAAACAAUUGACAAUUAUAACAGAUAAAAUACAUUGAAAUGCAUGAUUUGCAGUUUCUGACCCAAAACAUAUUGUCUACACUUCUAACCUAGGUCUGUUCUAUAUUCUUGUCAUUCGUAGUCUGAAGGCAGCAUGCACAUGUGUGGUUAUACCUCUUGUUUUCUUGAAAAUUUUAUUCAAGGCAUCCAAAGCAACAAGCGGCAUAGCCAAUGAUACUCAAACAGACAAGAAAUAGAGUACUAUAAAUGGUGAAGUUGGAGAGUGACAAAAGCCAGAGUUAUGCCAGAGGAAUGUAUGAUAGCAGUCAAAGAAGAUGUGAGCAAACUGCAUAAAAAUGUCACAAAAGAACAAAAAAUCUCUUUAGUAAAACAGCAUUAUUAACUUACUAAAAAUUGAAAUGUAAAAUGGUAUUACUGAUAGAGUUCUCAUUUCUUACCUAGGAUAUUAGUACCUUUACUCCUUAUGAAGGUGGCUUAGAUGUCCAGCUAAACUCCAUAUGCAUAAGCCUCAUCAUCCCUCCCUUAGCACUCAAACCAGGAUCAUAUUUAUGGUUAUCUCCAAAAAACAACAGUUGUCAGU